UAAAGUUGGAAGUUUCCAGCGCUCGCGCCUUGCGUACCAGGUGUUAAAACGGCUGGUGCGUUACGGUUAUUCAUCACUCCGCCAGCGCACGAAAAGCUCUCGGCCGCGCGCCGCAGCGCUAUCGACCCAAUCUCUACACACCAGCCAUGAUGGGAGCAACGGAAGACGCCGGCGGCCCGCCCGCCGCCGUGGAAGAACUCCCGCCGCCAGCACAAAGCCAGUUCUCCAUCUCCUCGCCCGACGAGGUCGUCAUUCCCCCGACGACGCCCGACGACACCACCGUGCCGUCCGUGACGGGCGAGGGCACGAUGUCCGACGGCAAGGGCAACCUGAAGAAGGUCCUCUUUCUUAGUGGAGGCGACGCCAACCAGCCGCCCAAGGAAAACGCCUCCAAGGGCUGGACCUUUAGCGACGUCUCGAGACGGGCCUCGGCCGCUCAAGCAUCUCUACAACAGAUGAUGAAGAAGACAGAGCCGAAGGCGGCCGAGCUCGCUUCGAACGCGCGCAAGAACAUGAAUGACGCCGCGGAGGCCACGCGGAAAGCCGCGGGCGACGCGUCGGCGAAAAUCUCGAAGCUCAUGGGGUCGUCGCCCGAGCCCUCCUUCGACGAGUCCGGCGCCAUGGCGCGCGAGGACGCGGCGCCCUCCGAGUCGCGCCUCGACAAAUUGAAGGCGGCGUUCAAGCCGAAGGAGGACCCCUCGGUCGUUGCCCUGCGGGCCGAGGUGGCCGAAUUGAGGGAGGAGGUCGCACGGCUCGCGGCGCGCGUCGAGGAGCUUUCGGCGGCUAAGUAGUGACUUGUU